AUGCGCUUCUGCCUAAAGACCACUAAAGUAGGGCUAUCAAUCCACCAACCAUUCCGCCACCGAACGUUCGUCUUGGCGAAUUCUAAUGAUACAGGUAAUAGGCCGAAUAUUUCCUCUACAUCGCGGCCACGCAUCCCGCAUAUUUUUGCUAUCAUCCAGCUCCUACUACGUAUCGGUACCCUAGGAACAGCCAUUGCAGCAUUAUGUAUCCUCGGAAAGCUGUCAGUCAAAUACAAAACCGCCAAAAACAAUCGCGGCAAGACCUUCGGCGGUGCUAUUUCCAUGAGCGCACUAGCCCUCCCCAUAAAUACAUGGGAGAUAAUCGCCCUGGCAAUUCCCAAUCCCACUAAAAAAAUCAAACGCGCCGCAACCUGUGUAGUUGGGUUCGCAGAUUUCAUUGUCUUCGCUGUUGGUCUCUACGCGGUAUUCGAGGUCGCUCUUAGUGACUAUGGCCUUGGUAAUGCGCCAGUUGGGUAUGAGACGCCUUGGAAGGGGUUGCAGAAUUUGGCGGUUAUACUGGUUGCUGUUGUUGUAGCGGAAACGUUCCUUGCGCUGAUUCUGGGGUGUGUUGGUUGUUGUCGGGAGGCGAGAGUUGCGAAACGGGAGAAGAGGGCUGGAGAGAGAUUGUAA